UUGGAGAAUGUUGAAGAGAAGUCUGAACUUGGUGACAAAUGCCUCAAAAACAAAUAUCGACUACGUGGUAUACUAAUUAAAUAAUCCGGCUUAAUAUUUAGUCAAAUUUUGACACAAACACAUAUUUGCCCUAGAAAUCGAACAAUAGUGACAAAAAUUGGACUGUCAUGCUAUCAUUCCCUAACAAUUGAGGAAUGAUUUUUAAACUACAUAAGUCUGAUAAAACUUUGGACAAUUUUGGAAAAAAUCGGAUCGCGCUAUAUCUUCACCGUUUUAAAUUUAGCAGCUAUAAAUACAAAUAAUAGUAACAAUAGGAAAUCACUUACCAAAUACGGAUUUUUAAGUUCACAUUUCAAUUGUCACUGUAGUAACACAAUUAAUAACUAAACUUACAUUUUGUCUUCCGCUUAUUCUAUUACAAAUAACUUCACUUGAGCGAAAAACUAAUAUUGAGUGAGAACAAUGCUGAAAAAUAACAUUAAUAAUAAUUAUAAUUUGUACAAAAUUUGUACACUAAAUUUGUACAUAUCUUAUACAAAAUAUAUAAUUUUAUGAAUGAACACUGGAAAAACCUGCAAUGGGAAAACGUUCCGUUACAACGCCAAAAACAACUACUCGUAUAGUGGUAGUCAAUAAAAAUCGGCAAAAAAACUACCUCAUGGCUUAACUAAAUUAAAAAAUAAAAUUAAAAGAGCACAUAAUUUUUAAAAACUUUGCAAAAUUAAAAACUCACGAGUUGAAAAUUAUACCUUAAUUUAAUUAAAAAACGUAUAUCAAACUUUGUUAAUUCUUCUUCUUAUUUCGAUUACAACCAUUCACAAUUAGCAAAUUCCAAUCAGAAUCGAAACCAAAACAAACAAAUUUGAGGUUACUGCAUGCAUUGAGCACACAAAAUACGGAUGAAGUAAAAGUGCAAACAAAAAGUUGUUGCUUGGUUAAAUAUAAAAUGGACACCGAUGAAAUUACUCUUCCUGCGGAUACACUAAAGAUACUCAAUGACUUUUUAGAAGAAAAAGCGAAAAGGGAACGUGAGGAGUUGGAGCGGAUAGAGAACAAAUCGAAUGACAAUAUUAUGUUUGAAGAAGAUUGGCAAUUGAGUCAAUUUUGGUAUAGCGAAACAACCAAGCAAGCGCUAGGUAAAUUGGUAAGCACGCUGUUAGCUGAACAAGAGAAUUCGGUAAAUGAAAACAAUUAUCGCAUAGCUCUGCUGUCCUGCCCAUCUCUCUAUAGCACUGUCAAGCAAGUCCACAAUAAUGUAAAAAUCUUCGAGUUCGACAAACGCUUCUCAGCUUAUGGCGACGACUUCGUAUUUUAUAACUUCAACAGUGCCGACGAAAUUGGAUAUUUGCAAGAAUAUAGAGAAUUGUUCGAUCUUGUCAUAGCCGAUCCACCAUUCCUGUCUGAAGAAUGCAUAUCUAAGAUGUCAAAAAUUAUAAGCACUUUACAAAAACCAGUUACAAAAGUAGUUUUUUGUUCCGGUGCCGUGGUAGAACCAUGGCUGACCAAGUGCUUACAAUUAAAGAAAUGUAGCUUUGAGCCAACCCACGAACGUAAUUUGGGCAAUGAGUUUGUUUCCUAUGCGAAUUUUAAUCUUGACAACUACUUAAAUAAAUAAUUUGUUUAGUAUAAAUGUUACAAUAAAAAAUAAUAAUUUAAGUGUA